UGCGGCUGCCGGUGUCCUGGCCUCGGCGCCCCCUCCGCACCGCUGCGUGUAAGCGGGCAGCUUGGGGCGAAGCGCCGUGCUGCAGGACGGGGAACCGCUCGGAAAGUCGGGCUUUGGCAGGAGAGAAUUGGGAGGCAGCUAGGAAGCACUUUGCUUCCUUUUUGCUUUUCAGCUUGGUUAUGUUAACGGUCUGUAAAUGGCAUACCGAGGAACUGUGCUUUAUUUACUCUGCGAGUAGUUUUCGGGAAGUUAGACGCGAACUUCUCGGUAGCUGCCCACGUAUUCCUGGGAAUUCUCCCGAAAAGUGAAUGAAACUCACUUUGCAGAAAGCCGGAGGGGCGCUCGGAUGCCCUCCCUGUUAUAGGGAAAGCACGGAGUGAAAAACAGCGCCGGGUGUUGCCGCAGCAACUCGCCCCAGUGCUCCCGGCCGGUUCCACCUUCAGCUGCUUAUUCACUUCCUCGCUCCGGAGACGCUUCUUCACGCUGUCUGCAAGCUGUCCCACUGGAAUUUCUUGCAGAGCAAGGUUUGACUCCGAACUAGCAAAAUUGCUGAACUUUCCUCUGAAAGAGAGUUAUUCUGCAAUUAAAAAAAGAAUAAACAACAAUGAAAAACAACAAGAAGGAAGCAUAUUGACAGAGGAUAUACUUAAAAUAUUUCCUAAUCAAGCACUGUGUUGAGUUGCACUUGAUAUCUUCAUUGCUUUUGGGAAAAAAUCACUUCUAGUUGCAUGACUGCCAUGGGUUUUAUUGGUUUGCAGUCUUUAAAAAAAACUGAAGUGCUUUGAAGAAGUGUCUCAGAGAAACUGGUGUUUUCUGUUGGCUGACUGAUGACAAAUUUAAGAGAGCUCUGUUGCUAUUAAUUAUGCAUUUAUCCUGACUUUUUCUACAUGACCGUGAGGGGCAAUAUUCGGAAUGAAGCUGCCAUCAUGUCAUCCACAAGCAGUGGCACUGAUAUUGAAGAAUUUUUGGUCAACAUUAACUUGGGACAAUAUCUUCCUAACUUUAAAGAACAUGGCUAUAACAUUGUGACAGACUGUAUGGGAAUAAAUAACAGUGCACUUCAGCAAAUGGGAGUAUUGCCUACAGGCCAUCGCAGAAGGAUACUUAAGCAGUUAGACACCGCUCUUUCAAAAAUGCAAGGAAAUUCUCUUUCCCGUGACAGUUUAAAACGCAAAGAGUUGAAAGGUUUAGAAAGGAAACAAUAUUUAUUUUCAGACAAGGAUUCCCCAAUAAGCCAUUUAGAAGUAAAUGAAUCUGGCUUGAUACCUGCAAUAUCAUUGGUACGACUUCCUAACAAAGCUUACACUGGUAAAGAAAGAUUCAGAGCUGGAGAGCAAAACCUAUUGGAAGUGAAUGAUGAAAACUUUCCAAACUCAGAUUUUUAUAGUUUAUACCAGAAUUCAGACAGUGUACUAAAAGCUGCAAGUGGAAGUAUGAAGAUGAAUACCGAGUCAAAUACAUUGCUGGAAAAAGCUGCUGCAUACCAGACUGAUGAGCACUUGGCUGACUGUGUAGCAUUUUGUGAUCCUCUUUCACUCACUCAUUCGUAUGAAACAAAAUACAAGGAAAACAAACAUCAGAUGUUUGCAGUUGAGGAGGAUCUAUCUGAUAGUGAGACACAUUCACCGUUUGUGAAGUUUAAAGGAGAAAUGAUAGACAAUGACUUAUAUGAUUCUUGUACGCAGAACAGUGUGAAAGUAUUUCCAAGAACAAGCCGAUCUUUUAUAUUAAGGCAUCGACCAGUACCAGAAAUCCCUGAAUCAAGCAAAGUUGAAACUUCAUUGAGUUCCCUUCAGAAAAGAAGAAACGUGGAUGUUACAGACAUAUCUUGUGCUGGGAGGCAAGUUUCACAAAAAAAAACUUUCUCGGAAGAAAAGCCACCUGUCAUAUCACCUUAUGGAGAAACCUUUUUUUGGGACAACCUUAAAGAUGCUAAAGAACAUCAUAGGAAUGAAUUCCUGGCUUGUGAAAAUAAAUCAGAUUUGGAAAUGUCUGAAGAAUAUUCUUCUAACAGGAAUAUAUGUUCCCUUAAUAAUCAAGAUGAGAAGACAAAGGAAUGUGUGAAAAAUGAAUCUUUGUCUCAGGAAGACAAAUCAUUACCUCCAGAAGACUUGGAAAGCGAACCUGUAUAUUCUAUUGUGGAUCAAUGUUCUUUUUCUUCCAAGAAAAAUAAAAAUAAAACCAAUACCCACUCAUCAUCCUGUAAGAACCAAUGUGGAGAAUCAUAUUGUCUGGUCAGUGAACAAAUGGAUUCUCAACAAUUUGAUGGAGCUCAAACUUCAAUUGCAAAUGAAUCAAUAGCACCAUAUGCUUGCUUUUAUGGAUCAUCAGUAAAGAAGGUUAAAGCAGGAUGGCUGGACAAAUUAUCUCCUCAAGGCAAACGUAUGUUUCAGAAGCGCUGGGUUAAAUUUGAUGGAGACAGCAUUUCUUAUUACAAUAAUGAAAAGGAAGUGUUCUCAAAGGGAAUAAUACUACUUUCUGCUAUAGCAACAGUUAGAGUUCAUGGAGAGAAUAAAUUUGAAGUUGUUACAUCCCAUAGGACUUUUGUCUUCCGAGUGGAUAAAGAAGAAGAAAGGAAUGACUGGGUUGAUAAAAUACUCAAUGCCGUGAAAUCUCAAUCUGAUAAUAACCCUCAGUCUCGAAUUUCUGUUGCUCCUGAGAAAAGUGGAUAUCUUGAACUGAAAGGAUACAAAGCCAAAAUCUUUAUUCUUCUUCAAGGGAAUACUGUGUGGAUCUGCAAAAAUGAGCAGGACUUUAAGACAGGAUUUGGUAUCACCUUAAUCCCUAUGAAUGUGGCAAAUGUAAAACAAGUGGAUCGGGCUGCAAAACAAACUUUUGAAAUAAUUACUCCUUACAAAAGCUUCAGCUUUACAGCAGAAUCGGAAAAAGAGAAACAAGACUGGAUUGAAGCACUGCAGGAAUCAAUAGCAGAAACUCUGUCUGAUUAUGAAGUAGCUGAGAAGAUUUGGUUCAAUGAAUCCAACAGGAGCUGUGCUGACUGUAAAGCUCCCAAUCCUGAUUGGGCAUCCAUCAAUCUCUGUGUUGUCAUUUGUAAGAAGUGUGCAGGACAGCACCGAUCUUUAGGACCAAGAGAUUCAAAGGUCAGGAGUUUAAAAAUGGAUGCCAGCAUUUGGAGCAAUGAACUAAUUGAGCUCUUUAUCAUCAUUGGGAAUAAGAGAGCAAACACUUUUUGGGCAGGAAAUCUUCCUCCGGAUGAAGAGCUGCACAUGGAUGCCCCUGCAGAAAAAAGGAUUGCAUUCAUUACACAAAAAUACAAAGAGGGAAAAUUCAGGAAAACACCCUUUCCCUAUAAAACCAAAGAACAAUUGAAUAAGGCUCUGUGUGCUGCUGUAGUUAAGCAAGAUGUGCUAGAAACUCUGAUGCUGCUGUUCAGUGGGGCUGAUGUAAUGUGUGCUACUGGUGAUCCUGUUUACAGUACUCCAUACUUAUUAGCUAAGAAAGCUGGACAAAGACUGCAAAUGGAAUUCCUCUACCAUAAUAAGUUCUCAGAUCUCCCAAACUUUGAUACCAGUUUUGAAAGCGGCUUCUCUGAAGAUUCUUCACAUUCCACUUUUCUAUGUGAAUUUCUAUACAAAGUUUCUUCUAAUUCAACCAAGCUUCUUACAGAGAAGAAAUUAAAAGAAGAUUGCAACAAAAGAUGGUGCACUUUGGAAAGUGGCUUUCUCAGCUACUAUGAAAAUGAUAAAGCUACCACUCCUAAUGGUAUGCUUGACAUCAGCGAAGUUAUCUGUCUUGUAGUGCACAAUUCGGAUUACUUUUUAAACAGAGGGGACAUCUUUACCUUUGAAAUCUAUUUAAUGUCAGAACGUGUUUUUCUGUUUGGAGCUGAAACUGCGUAUUCACAAAGAAAAUGGACUUGGGCAAUAGCUAAGCAUUUUGUUCCCCCUGUAGCUGAAUGCUUAUUAGAGAGGGACUGUGACCUGAUUGGCCAGCUGUACUACAAAGAUUGCCAUAACCUGGAUCAGUGGAGAAAAGGCUGGUUUGCUAUAGAAAAGUCAAGCCUUCAUUUUUGUCUUGAAAUGGAGAGUGCUCAAGAAGAUUCCAUAUAUCUAAGGAGGCUACAAGAACUAACAAUCAGUACCAUGAUGCAAAAUGGAGAAAAAAUAGAUGUCCUGCUGCUUGUUGAAAAAGGAAGAACACUGUACAUUCAUGGCCAUACGAAACUGGAUUUCAUAGUCUGGUAUACUGCAAUUGAAAAAGCAGCGGGUACAGAUGGUAAUGCAUUGCAAGAUCAGCAGCUCAGCAAAAAUGAUGUUCCUAUUAUCGUGAACAGCUGUAUAGCAUUUGUUACACAGUAUGGUUUAGGUAGCAAGCAUAUAUACCUCAAGAAUGGCAAUUCAUCCAAUGUGGCUGAACUGCUGGAAAGUUUUAAAAAAGAUGCAAGGAGUGUUAAACUGAGAGCUGGAAAACAUCGACUUGAAGAUGUGACUGAUGUAUUGAAAAGCUUUCUUUCUCAAAUAGAUGAUGCAAUUCUCACUAAGGAACUCUAUCCAUUCUGGAUUUCUGCAUUAGAUAUGCAAAAUGAAAAGGAACGCGUGAUGAAGUACGGAGCUUUUAUUCGUACACUCCCACCAGUCAAUAAGGCAACUUUGGCUGCUUUAAUUGAACAUCUUUACAGGGUGCAGAAAUGCUCUGAAAUCAAUCAUAUGAACCCUCACAAUCUAGCCCUGGUGUUUUCUUCUUGCUUAUUCCAAACUAAAGGCCAGACUAGUGAAGAAGUGAAUGUAAUUGAAGAUCUAAUUAAAAAUUAUGUGCAACUUUUUGAUGUAAAUGAAGACCAGAUCAAACAAAUGGAUAUAGAGAACAGUUUUAUUACCAGAUGGAAAGACACUCAGGUUUCCCAGGCUGGAGACCUGCUGAUUGAAGUUUAUGUAGAAAGAAAGGAACCAGACUGUAGUAUUAUAAUCAGGGUAUCGCCUUUGACAGAAGCAGAAGAAUUAACUAAUGAUAUUUUAGGAAUAAAAAACAUUACUCCCAACAAAGAUGAUAUCUGGGCCACUUUUGAAGUACUUGAAAAUGGAGAGCUAGAACGUCCACUGCAUUACACAGAGAAUGUUCUAGAACAGGUUCUUCACUGGAGUUCACUACCAGAGCCCGGCACUGCAUAUCUGAUAAUAAAGAGAUUUUUAACAGCAGACAUGAUGAAACUCUACAAUGAGAGAAAUGUGAAGGGUAGUGUGAAAGCUGGCUAUCUAAAGUACAAAGAAGAACCUUCAAAACUGCUGUCUGGAAACAAGUUUCAAGAGCGUUAUUUUGUACUACGGGAAGGAAAUUUGCUUCUUUACAAGGAUAUGAAGGCUAGCAAACCUGAAAAAGUGUUGCCUGUCAACUCACUGAAGCUUUAUCUUGGAGUGAAAAAGAAAAUGAAACCACCAACAAACUGGGGAAUUGUAGUGAUUUCUGAAAAGCACCAGUGGCAUAUAUGUUGUGAUGGACAGGAAGCACAGAUAGACUGGAUGAUCAGCAUUUUUACUGCAAAGCAUGCCAGUAUAUGGCCGCCUGCUGGAAAAGCAAGAAAACAGUCUAUAACUAAAAGUCCAAAGAUUGGAGGUUUACAACUAAUUCCCAUUCAACAGGAGAAGAACACUUGUAAAAUCAGAGGGAGUACAGAAGAUAUACAGUUGAAACUGAGGAAACCAAAACUUGAUGAACAUAAUGAAAUUGACCCAGUGGAAGAAAGAAAAAACUUGAAAGAAAAAGCAUCUAUUGUGGCACAGUGUUUAGAACGCAAGGAGGAGAGAGUGCGAAAUCAUGCCAAAACACGUCAGAGUUUUAUCUCUGCUGAGGAGAUGGGUGUGGGAAUGGCUGACCUGUGCCAUAGAUCGCAGAAACCACCAAAAAAAAACAAGAACAAAACAAACAAAAAUACAAUGGAAUUAGAUAACAAACUGCCAUCAAAUGUGAUUCAGGAAUUAAAUACAGUGCUGCAGAAAAACAGAACACUUCAUGAUGAUACAUCCAGCUGAUGUCCUGAGUCUGAAGUUUAGAAUAUAUAUUUUCUGGACAAAAUUAUGUGGCUUUUUUAGCGUGUAUAGUUUGUACAGCGCAGAGAAAACUUGUUUAUAUACUACUGUUGAUUUUGUGAGUAAGCCAUGGUACAAUUUAAGAUUGAACUGAGCUGAUUUUGCUAAAGUUCUGAAAUUUGUUUUGCUGUGUGAUACAUUGGUACCUGGGUUUUCUCUGCCAUUUUUUUUGUUGUUAUUGCAUAUUUUGUUAGAUGGAAGAAUUGUAAGCACUAUCAAAAGCUCUUGCUCUGUUUAUAUUCUGUACCAUCCUGUAAGUAGUGGUGGGAGAUUUUAGAAUGAAGACAAGAUGUACACUGAAAUUCAUGCUGUUAACCUACAAUAUUUUAUUUAACACUAUAAAAAUGAGUAACAUCUGCUUAAGUGUGAUUUUUUUUUUGCAUAUAAAUUUUUUUUAUUUAAGAAUGUCAUGAGUCUUAUUCCAUAAAUUUGUCCUCAGAGCAACAUGAAAUGAAUUAAAAUGGAGAGGUGUACAAUAGAUAAGGCAAUGCGUUAGUUCAAUGAAUUUGCAUCUCUAAACUGUGUCUAUAUUGUGUACAUCUGACUAUGAUAUUUUUUAGAAUUACUUAUGUUGUUACUGCAUUUCAUCCCAUAUAGGAUCAAUUUAUCCUCUCUCCUCUUUCUGGUAAUUACAGGUGCCAUAACAUUUCUCACAUCAGUUACUUCUAUUCUUGAUUGCAUUGAGGAACUUAAUUGAAAAAAUAAUUUGUUUGAAGAAAUUAGACAAAUUAUUCAAUGUAUCUGGUAAAUCUGUUAGUAAGUAGAGCAGAAGUGAGAUUAAAAUCAAAUGUUAUAUAGUGUUUUUUUAUUUAUUCUUCUGGCACAUAGCACUGAGAAAGCAAGUUUUGUCUUUCAGACUUUGCACUUAUCACAUUUAACCAGUUGUUAAAUCUGAAACGAGAUUGUACAUUUUAAUUUUCCCAGUGCACUAUUGACUGUUUUGCUACUUUUAAUUCGUAGUUGAGCCUCUUCUAGUCAUUGAAGCUCUGGCUUAAGAAAACAUAUAAGCCAGAACUUAAAUUGUAUUGACUAAAGCCUGUGCUUAAUGUUAAUAAGCACAUUCCUAAAUGCCAAACUGAAUCAGGGCCUGCUGCUGUUGGGGGAGAGUUACUUUGCUUUCUGUCUGAGGCUGGACCUGAAUGUACUGUUUACAGUUGUAUUUUUACUUGCAAAUAUUUUUCAGUAUUGAGUUAUGGUUUCUGUAUUGUUUAUCUUUCUACUGGGUUCUUAAAAAUGACAUUCACCUCACUGCUGAAAGCCUCAUGCAUCAUUUAAGCCCUACACUAAUGGAAUAAAUGGAGCAAUAGAAGGAUUUUGUGCACUGGAGUGAAGAAGUCUGUGAAGAGAAUGUUUUGUUUAUUUUUAUUGGAUCUGAGGACUACAGAAACAUUUGUUCUACUUCAAAAGCAGACCUCAAAUAAAGUAUCUGUAGGGCUACUAUUAAAGGGACCUAAAAAUCAAGAAGAAAAUAUGUUUACUAAAAUAUAUUUAAGUGUUUACUUUUCAGUUACAGCUAUACUAUCUUUAAAGCUGUUGAAUCCUCAGUGGAAACGUUGUUUCAGUAGCUACUAUAAAUAUUUUGUUUUGUAUAUGUAUAUGUACAUGCAUUCUCACUAUAUAUGUAUAUUUUUGCAUAGAGUUAGGUGCAUAUCUGCAGAGGCAUGCUGAAUGUUGACAGUGCUAACCUGAGGAAAGUUCUUUUGGGAAAGUAGAUAUUAAAUUUUCAGUUGGGUUAUUUCAAAUGCAAAAAAAAGUUUUGCACCAAUUUCCUGACAUAUAAUUCUUGCACUAUGCGUUUCAGAGUGCUUUAAGACCUGCAAGAAUAAAUGUUUUCUUGCAAUACCUUGAUAGCUACUGAUGCUUUAUUGUUCUUCUGACUUGUGGAAUGAUAGUGUAAUUUUCAGGGAAUAAAUGUUAAUUAUUUGAAUAAAUACUGUUUCUUUAAAAUAAAUGAUGGAUUUAUUUAAAAAAAAAAAAAAUUUCUGUACCCACUGCAUAGCCUAGUGAGUAUUUAUUGUCUGAUCUGCAAAAUGAGGUUAAAUGAGGCACUGACAUUGUUCAUUCUGUGACAGUAGGAAGGCUAGAAUUGAAGUCUCAGUAACUCUCAGGUUCAUCAUUACUUUGGCAUUUUAAGUGAAAAGCUGAUAGGUAAGAAAGAUGUGUAUUUAGUUUGAAAAUCACUAUUUUGGAUUUUUUUAUUUUUUUUUUUUUAAACAGAAGUUUUUCCAGGUAUUAUUUUGGGUUUACAGUUCAAAAGAGAAUUUUCAGUUAGUUAGUUUUGUUCAUCAGCAGAGAUCCCUUUAGUGUGGGGUCAAAUUGACUAGCUGAAACUUAAACAUAAAUUUGUGUACAUCCCCCUUCUUUAGUUAAAGGGAGGGUUUGACCAUAUUGUUUGUUUCUUGUCUUCGUUUUAUUUCUUUAUUAAGAGCUCUGGGCUGCUGUGACUGAAGUGUGUUGCAGGGAUUCCAUUGACUUCUGUCUUCCAUGCAACAACACCCCUGGCAUCUCUUCCACUAGUGCAUGUAUUGUUUUGGCUACCCCACAGAUAUAGGUUCUUCAGAGAAUAGAAGUUGCCAGUGUUUUACCUCACUUCUGGCACUCUUCUUUCCCCUGAUACAGUGGUUGGCACAAUUCAUGUUCCUCAGUGCUGCCAAGUUACCACCAGUCCCACAUAUCAAGUUCCAGAUUAAGGAAUUGGGAGGAAAAAAACUUCACUGUUCUGUUGUGGAUGGUGGUGGUGUCAACUGGAGUCUGGAGGUAAGGAUUAUGUACAUCACUGGCUGAGGUGCUGCCUUGUGAGCCUGCGUUGUCAUGUGUGAGAAUCCUUCUUUGUUUUUUUUGGCUCAAAGUUUGCUUCCUUAGGUAUUUUGUUGAGGAGGCAAGUGAUGGAUGUUGUGUGGCAAUCAACAUCGCUGUGUGGACAAUUUUACAUCUUUGGAACUGUUUGCCUUCGGAAGAUAGUGCUCAGGAGUGUUUACUGGCAGAAGAUCUAGCCUGUUACAAAACAACUCCAGCUAGGUGUGGGAAAAUUGGGGAACGAUACCAUCGUAUCCUGUGAGAAACAGGAUGCAGAUGGGUACCCCUGCUCCCUCUUAUCUGCUGGCAAGGCCCGGAAGAUGGGAACAAAGGAGUUUCUGCUGAGAUCCCAGAGCCAGAAGCUGCCACUCAAAGGAAAGCUGACUCAACCACUUUGGAUUUGAGCUGUCACUCCAAAAAGAGCUGACUCAACCACUUUGAAGCAUUGAAAAAGGGCCAUCAUCACCAUGGUCGUCGUCGUCAUUGGCAACAGGACAACUCUGCCUGACGACCCACCGCUACUGAAGAUCAAAGACUGAACUACGAACCUCGCUGGAUCCAUGGUGGUGACUAUGUCCCUCUUGCUGCCUAUAAAGACUCCUUGCUUCUUCUUUCCUAUCUUUUCUAUCGCCCUCCUUCCCUUCCCCCAUUACCCUAAUUCAUAAUAGUGUCCGUCCUCCCCUUCCCCAUUUCCCUGAUUAAGAUUUGUAAUAAACUGGUCGGACCAACAUUUGAACCGUUGCUUCUUAAUCUCACGCCGGGUAUAUAGAUAAUAAAAGAACCUCCUCUCCCUCCUAUAAAUUGGAGCGAGACAUCAUGUCACCUUUCUGAUUUUUAUAUCCUGUUUUCCUAUGCAAGCUGUUUUAGUGUAAGAAUCAGUUUAACUGUUGCUGACAGCUGAAUUAGAAGAACAUUGGUUGUGCUUGAGUCCCAAUGGAAACUGAAUUAAAAAAAAAACUCAAGUACUGACUGUGAUCACAGCGUGCUCUAAAAAUUACAUUGAAUUUAGGCAAAUUAUGGCAAAACUGUGAUUUCAGUAAAUUGCAUUGAAAAACCUGAACAGUGUGUGUAUCUGAGGGAGAAGCAGAUUACUUUGGUAGAGGGGUGGAUGAAAUGUAUUCCAAGUUGAAUUGCUUAGAAAAAAAUAUAUACCUAUUUAUAAAAUGAAGUCUACUGCAGAAAGAUGAAAUAAGGAGAAUCAGAAUGCUUAAAUAUGAUUUGGUCAGUAUUCCUUGUUCUGAAUCAUUAGAAAUAAAUAUUCUCUGUACUUUUGUAUGUCAAAAAAAAAACCCCAAAUCUUUGCCAUAUUCAGUGUUUCUUGAAUCUAGAUUGUUCUCUAAGAACUGAAUGGGGAGAACUGAACUGGGG